AUGGCAAUCUCCCAAAAAGCGGAUGAUCACAUCAAGAAGGUCAUGGGUUCCAGCUUGGGCCCCAUCCAGAAAUGGAAGAGCAUCAGGGACAUGCUCUUAGAUGCUGGCAUUGCAUAUUCCACAACAGCCAAGGCAUCAGCUUUCAUAGUCCAUCCCAAGAAUCGUUCAGGGGCUUUGAUCAGCCCCCAUGGGUGUCACAGAAAGGGCCUUCAAAUCAUGAAGGCUGGUGCUGACAUCUCCCUGUUGAAAAACAGUGUGGCCAUGGAGCUGAACCCCAGCAUGCAGGAGCGGGAGAAACAAGUCCAGCCUUUCUUGAAGCUGACUGAGUCCACACAGCUUCUCAGUCCUGUGCUGGGCACAGAAAGAUAUGCUUCUCUGAGUUCUGGCCAUACUUGCCAGUUCAUCAAGGCUUGCAUGCAUGGAUGCCACACUGAAGAAGAAGCUCUUGGUGGUGUCACAGGAAAAUUGGGCACCCAUGUGUGGGAACAUGAUCAUGACUUGAAGAAAAUGGUUGAAGUGGGCUGGGAAUGGGUGAUUCUCCCCCACACAUUGGAUGUGAAGUUCCCAAAGCUGGCUGAGUUGAUUCAGCAUGCCUUGAAUACACCGAACUCAGUCUUUGGCACCCAAUCAGAGUUUGAGCUAGCAGCCAGUAUAUGGGAAGUUGUUUCUAGCACUUCAUCCAAGGAGGUCAACUGGGAUGAGGUGUCCACCAGCAAUGGACAGCUCAUUGACUUUUUGAAUGUGUUCAGCAAAGAGUUUGGUGAAAGCGCAGUUCUUGGACAAGACUUCUUUUGUGCAGUCACUGAUGCUGUGAUCAGCCAGGAAGAUUUGUAUCCUUUCUUGAGAUGUGCCUUCAUGGCUGCAAACCUUACCUGUGGCAGAGCCAGGUGUGUUGAUGGUUUUGCCAGGCUACUGACCAAGUCUGACUUUGAAAAGUGCAAGUCCUCAAAGUUGAAGUUGAAGGUCAGUGAGAUUGAAGCUGUGUUGGGGACUAUGUGGCAGCAGGUGUGCCAAGCCAAUCCUGGUGACAAACACCACAGUUUCAAGGCUUUUGGGAAAGCCUGCAUCAGAUCAGUGCUGAUGUUGGUUGGCAAAUGGAAGCAAGGCAGGGAGAACAAAGAGUACAAGGACAUGGGUGAGAUCAAGGAUGCCUUCAAUGAUGACAUUGGGUCCAAACCUAGUGCAUCUCAGGCAUCAUCGUCUACUGGGACUUCCAUCAAUGCAGCCCAAGUCAGCAAGCCUGUUGGCUUGAAUGAUGCAAAAGACCCCAUGUUCUUGGCCAAGCAAUCCAUGGAGCUUGAAGUUGGGAAGUGUUACCAUCACAAGGACUGGAGUCAACAUGUGUGGCUUCUCACUGAGAUUCACUCUGAUCAUCUUGUCCUACAAGCGCAGGAGUUGUUUGGAAACGUGGGCAGCAAGAAAACAACCACAGUGAAGGCCACUGAGAUCACAAAGGAGCUCAAGCCAUCCAAGGCCAAAGCACCUGCUUGGUUGGAACCAUCUGUUGCAGCCUCCUUGCUCCCAGUGCUGGUGGGCAAAGAAGAAAAUGACAGGGCCUUCAUCUUUGGUGUCCUCUUUGGCAUGUGUAAGGCCUACAACAAGAAGGUGCUCAUUCAGGAUAGCCCAGUCAAGCAGAUUUGGUGUCCUGCCCAAGUCAACAAGGGUGAGCUGUUUCUCAUCCCCAUGACUGACAAAGUAGACAAGAUCACUUUGAAGCCACCAGGAAAAGUUUAUGCAAAGGUGCAGUAUGGAGGUGCUGACUGGUACAUUGCACCACCAAAGCUGUGGAAAUGCAAUGAUGGCAAGUGGUCUGGCAUGGUUGUUCCCUUUUGGGUGGUGCAUGGCAAUACCUCAAAGGAUAGCUGCAACAUGGCAAUGGAGAUGAAGGAUGUGAAAGGCAUGAAGGUGCAGGUGCUUGUCAACACCAAGCAGAUCCCUGCCAACUCUUUGUUGAUGAGCAUGGACAUGAACUGUAAGAGGCAGAACAGUGAACAGCAGGCACCUGCCAAGAGGCCAAAGGCCAACAGGAAAAGAUUGAUGCCUUGGAGUUGUGCUCAGAGUUGUUCAGAACCCAUGCUUGUCCAUGAGCACAUGCCCUCCAAGAUGCAUGAAUACACACCAAAUGAUGCUGAUGGCUGUUGUUGCUUCAUGUUUGCAUUGAAUCGCCAGCUUGGUCAUUUGGAGUACUGCAGCUUUGACAGCUUGAAAGCAUUCUUAGUUUUGCCAUUUCCUGCCAUGGAGGAUGCCAAGCUCUCUGUGCAGCAUUGCAUCACAAUUGAUAGUACCCAAAAAAGUUGGAAGAUCCCUGGCAAUUUCAUGAAGACUGGUGAUGAUGGCACCCAGUGGUUGCAGAUCAGGGCUUCUUCCUUUGGCCUAUGCAAUGUCAUGACCAAGGACAAGUUAGAUGCCAAGGCCAGGCCUACUUUGAGGGAGUCCAUGGGCUGCAAGAAACUGAUUGAGAAAAGGAAUGAGAUGGUUUUUGGUGCUGGGUCUUCUGGUGAUGCAUUGUUUGGAGAUGCCCCCCCCAAGAAAAAGCUCAAGGCUAAGGAGAAGAUCCCUGCUGAUGACAGCCUGGGCAUCCAUCUUGAUGAGGAAGGGCCUAGUGGCACAGCUAAUGCUGCAGCCACUCCUGGUGAAUCUCCUGGUAUUGCUGGGUGUGAUGAUGUGAAGCAACAUUUGCUGAACAGGUACAUUGAAACCCCAGCCAAGCUGAGUAUCACCAACACUGACAGCUUGGUCAUCCAUGGUACUUCUGAUUGCACUGAUGACGAGAAAGUAAUUGUUGGCAAGUAUUUCAAGGUUGGCAUGAAGGACCACAUGCCUAUCUUCAGGGCUCAGGACAAAAGGGAUGAGUUGAGUGUGUCAAGCAUCUUCUUUAUUUGGUGGGAUGCUUUGAACAAACUGUGGUUUGUCAGUUUCAUGCCAGUUAUUGAUACUGGACGUGAUUCUGAUGAAUGGACACCAGCCUAUGUUCAUGCUGCAAUCUCUGAAGAUCUCUCUCAAGUAUGGUGCCCAUGGAACAAUGAAACACCAUGCAGCCUGAAAGUUUCCCUUGGCUUUGAGUUUGCACAUGAGAAGUAUCUUGACAUGAAGCGCAAGCUAGAGAUGUGGCAAGAUUGGUGGCAUGCAGGUGGACAAAAUGAGUUGCAUGAUGUGCCUCCUGAGUAUCCACCGCCACCUCCUAAGGCUGGUGGUGUGAAGAGGCAAGCCCCACCUCUUGAACCACCUGCAUGGAGGGAAAGGGGUAUCUGCCAGCCACCACCUCCACCACCUGUACCAACUGGCUCUGAAGGUUCUAAAGGUUCAAAGGGUUCCAAGGGAGCAGGCAAGGGUGAAGAAGGAGAGCAGCAUGUUCUGAGUUACAGCUGGAAGUCAAGGGCUGUGGCAUUGGUGGGUGCUCUUGAGAUGAACCUUCCUCAAAGGUUCAAAGAGAAUCCUCAGUUCGACAGUAUGUUGCGCAUGCACAAGGAGACAGAUGUGGAGGAGUCCAUCAUGAAUUGCAAGGGCUUGGGUCUGAUGAAUGAUCGCAUUUUUCAGGUAGACUUGCUGGCCUUGUGGUGUGUAGUUGCUAUACUUUGUAGUGCUGCCAUGUGGUCAGUUGAUGAUAUUUGCAAAGAGCUUGCAGAUAUUGCACAGCUCAUAGCUGGCAAGAAAUCUGAUGAUCCAUUUUGCCAAGCUUUGAUCCAGACAUCCUGCUCCAAGAUCAAGGGGCUGGUGGUGCUUGCUCCCUGUGAUGCCUUGAAGAUCAAGAAUGCUGCAAUGGUGCUUGGUGAUGAUUUCACCAAUGCCAUUUGGGCUUGUUUGGAGAAAAGGCUGACUUCUGUUGGGUCUGAGCUGGGCACCCCCCAAGGGCCUCAGGGGAUGUCUGUGUGCACCAAGCCACAGACCCUCCUGCACCCCUUCAACUACAUGACAGCUGCUGACUGGAAAGAGUUGGAGCAUCAGGAAACUUCAUGGGCUAGAAAGCAAACCAUUGUUGCCCUCAGGCUGAAACUACUUGGAAUAGUGAGCAUGUCUGAGAAAACAAUGAAGUCUUGCCUGGCAUUGCUGGCAUGCACACUCACUGUGGUACCUGAUGAGAAAAUGAUGUACUCCAUGCUGCAAGAGUUCAAAGCAACUUUUGCAAGUACCAGCUGUGCUGUGCAAUUUAGCAAUCUCACCAUGUACCCAGAGAAUGCCAGUGAUCUUCCCCAAAAUGUUUUCCAGGCUGCCUUUGGGUCAGAGCAACCAUGUCCCAAAGUCAUUGACAAGUUCAACCUGGUGGCCAGAAAGGUUAUCCUGAGGAAUACUUCCAAGCACAUGAGGGGCACUGGUGGCAAGUGUGCUGAUCAACACCAAGCUUCAGCAGGAAGCAGUUUGUCACAUGGCAUGGGCAUGAAUGAUAUGAUGAGCAAUCCAAUGCUGCACAUGUUCAACAUGAUGUGCAACAAACUCAUGGGCAUGAACAGCCCUGGAGAUGUGCAUGGGCAUUCGCAGAAUCAGCAAGGGAAAGGUGGCCAAGUGACCUUGCAUAAUUUCAAGCCAAAGACCUUGCUUGCUUUGGGCGAUGUGCCAGGGCCUGAUCCUGCCAACACAGAAUCCAAGUUGGCUUUGCCAUGUCCUGCACCUGAAACUGAGCAAGCUGCUGCAACACCUGUUCCUUCUACCCAGACCCAGAAGGGCGAGUCCCAUGAGGAACUUGCAGAGCAUGAUUCUGAACCAGACUAUGAGCAAGCAGCAUUUGAUGCCUUGAAAGCAAGGAAUGCUUUCCAAAAGGUUGCAAAAACAAAGGGCAAGGGGAAGGGCAAGGCCAAGGCCAAGGCAAAGGCUAAGACCAAGCCUCAUGCCAAGGCCAAGGCCAAAGCUGCUACCACCAAGAGAUCUUCCACUUCCAGCUCAUCCAGUGCCAAAAAGAUGAAGAAGUUGGACUACAAGGUGCCACCCCCUUCUGAAGCCCAGCUUCAGAGCACUCCCAGGAACUACUAUAACAAGCACUACCACAAGUGCAAAGAACUUGCCAUCAACUGUGGCUACUCAGACACUGAGGCAAAGGAGUUUGCGAAGAAAGCCAGGGCCACUGCUGUGGAGCUUUGGGAUAAGCAAUUGAGCUGA